UGGUGGAUGCAAGACAAUGGUCUACUGAACAUUACCCAGGUGUCAUUUUCAGACCGAGGUAAAUACACCUGUGUCGCCUCCAACAUCUAUGGCACCGUGAACAAUACAGUGACACUGAGGGUCAUCUUCACCUCUGGGGACAUGGGCAUCUACUAUAUGAUUGUCUGCCUGGUGGCCUUUACUAUUGUCAUGGUCUUGAACAUCACUAGACUCUGCAUGAUGAGUAGCCACCUGAAGAAGACAGAGAAAGCAAUCAAUGAGUUCUUUAGGACAGAAGGAGCAGAGAAACUGCAAAAGGCCUUUGAGAUUGCUAAGCGUAUCCCAAUCAUCACCUCCGCCAAAACCCUCGAGCUUGCCAAAGUCACCCAGUUCAAAACCAUGGAAUUUGCCCGCUACAUCGAGGAGCUGGCCAGGAGCGUCCCUCUGCCUCCCCUCAUCAUGAACUGUAGGACGAUCAUGGAAGAAAUCAUGGAAGUGGUGGGCCUGGAGGAGCAGGGCCAAAACUUUGUGAGGCACACCCCCGAGGGCCAGGAGGCCACCGAUGGGGAUGAAGUCUAUACGAUCCCCAGCGCUCUCAAGAGGAGCGACUCUCCCACCGGCGACUCGGAUGCCUCAUCCCUUCACGAGCAGCCUCAGCAGAUUGCCAUCAAGGUGUCUGUUCACCCACUGUCCAAAAAGGACCAUUUGGAAGACCAAGAGGGGGUACAGGUGGAGAUCAAGGAUGAGGAGGUGCCCGAGGAAGCCGUGGCACCAGAGGGGCCAGAACCAACCAGCGAGCCUUCGGCAGAAACUGAGGCUUCUGGGGAUUCUUCUUCAGAGUCAGCAUCUCCUUCCGAACCUGUGAACCCUAAUGGGCAGCUGGAACCUGCUCACCCGAAGCCUACUGAGCCAGCCAUGGCUAAUGAAACAAAUACCUGUAUUAUUUAUGAAAGCCAUGUAUAAUACUUAACUCUGAAAAAGCUAUGCAUAUCGAGAAAAUCAGGGGCUGCUCCUUGUAACACAGAUAUAGUAUGUACUUGCCGCUAAAGCCUUACCAGUAGACUUAUCAUAACAUACAUAGGAGUGAUGUUCUUUUAAAAGG